UGUAUUGUUUAGGUGAGUUAGAAAGGGGAAAAGGAUAAAUAAAGUCAGAGUAGUUAGUCGUGAGGAGCAGGUACAGGGUUUUUACAGCCACGUUCCCUCCGGCUAAUGAUAUGGUCCCCUUUCGAGUUGCCGUGUUACUGCUUGCCUUAUGUUCCUAUUCUCCCACCAGAGUAAAUGGCACACACACAUGUCGAGCCAGUGAAGUACGUUGUAGUUCUGGCACUCUGCAGUGUAUUCCUGUCUCCUGGAAAUGUGAUGGUGUAAAAGACUGUGGUGAUGGAGGUGAUGAGGAGAACUGUGGCAUCCUUACUUGUAAUCCAUUAGAGUUUACUUGUACCAGUGGUCGAUGCAUAUCCAAACAGUUUCGUUGCGAUGGUGCAGAUGACUGUGGUGAUGGAAGUGAUGAAAAAGGCUGUGAAUCACCUACCUGUGGCCUGAAUGAGUUUCAGUGCAACAAUUCCCAAUGCAUCCCCUUGAAUUUGGUGUGUGAUACCAACACUGACUGUGCUGAUAAAUCUGAUGAAGCUCCAGACAAGUGUGGCUAUACACUUCCAAUCGUGACUUGUUCUCCUGCUGAGUUCUUGUGUGAUUCUGGUGAAUGCAUUCACCAGCAGUGGUACUGUGAUGGAGAGAGAGACUGCAACGAUGGAAGUGAUGAAACAAAAUGUCCAUCUGAAACAUGCAAAUCUGGCUACUUCAGAUGUGAUAAUAACUGUGUACCUGACAGCAAGAAAUGCAAUCACUUUAUUGAUUGCAUUGAUGGAAGUGAUGAGCUCAACUGUGAAACUACAGAGUGUACAGGGCCUUAUGACUUCAGAUGUCAUACUGGAGAAUGUAUCAACAUAACCCAAGUGUGCAACCAGCAACAAGAUUGUAAGGACUGGAGUGACGAGCCCCUCAAAGAAUGCAAUGCAAAUGAAUGCCUUGUGAACAAUGGUGGCUGUUCUCACAUCUGCAGAGAUCUUGUCAUUGGUUAUGAGUGUAAAUGUCCACCUGGCUUUGAACUAGUUGACCAACACUCCUGUGCAGAUGUUGACGAAUGCCAAAAUCCAGAAACCUGCAGUCAAAUUUGCCUUAAUUUAGUUGGAAGCUACCAAUGUGAAUGUUUGAAAGGAUAUCAUGUAGAUCCAAUCAAUGGGGCUUGCAAGGCUGUAGGAGAAGAGCCAUUUUUGGUUUUUACUAAUCGUCACAACAUCAGGAAAAUUGGAUUACAUCACUUGGAAUACACUCAGAUAGUUGACCAGCUGAGAAAUGCUGUUGCACUUGAUGCUGAUGUUGCAGCACAGACAAUCUUCUGGGCUGACUUGGUACAGCAUGCAAUUUUCAGUGUACUAAUUGAUAACCAAGAUGGUACGCUUGAGAUUUCAAGAGUCUUCAGUGAUGUAUACCUCCCUGUGGGAAUUGCUGUAGACUGGAUUCAUGCCAACAUUUAUUGGACAGAUUCGGGGACUAAAACACUUUCAGUGGGCAAUUUCAAGGGAACAAAAAGGAAGAUCCUCUUUGAGGACAAUCUAAAGGAACCAGCAUCUAUAGUAGCUGAUCCACUAACUGGGUUCAUAUACUGGUCAGACUGGGGCGAACCAGCAAAGAUUGAAAAGGCAGGAAUGAAUGGUGCUGAUCGCCAGCUGUUUGUUACUGGUGACCUUUAUUGGCCAAAUGGCAUUACACUUGAUCUUGUGAAAAGCCGUUUAUAUUGGGUUGAUUCAAAGCUGCACACGCUGUCAAGCAUUGAUCUAAAUGGUCAGGAUAGGCGAACUGUAUUGAGAUCUGAAGAAUUCCUUGCUCAUCCUCUUGGUGUGGCUAUGUUUGAGGAUCGUGUGUUUUGGAUUGAUGGUGAGAAUGAAAUGAUUUAUAGUGCCAAUAAAUUCACAGGCGCUGAUGUGGUAACUUUAGCCUCCAACCUUGAUGAGCCUCAUGAUAUUAUUGUUUAUCACAAGUUAAAACAACCAUCAGGUAAAAACCGAUGUAAUGGGAGUUUGAAUGGAGGUUGUGAAUACAUGUGUCUUCCUGCUCCUCGCAUUAGUAUUCACUCAUCAACAUACACUUGUGUCUGUCCAAAUGACAUGGACUUGAAUGCAGAUGGAAAAUCAUGUAGACCAGCUAACACCACCAUCUGUGGAGCUUCAGCCUUUGUGUGUCCUGAUGGACAAUGCCUGCCCCUCAAACUGAAAUGUGAUGGCCAUGCUGACUGUGAGGAUGGAUCUGAUGAAAUCCCAGAAACAUGCUACAUGAAUAUCUGUGCUUUCAAUGAAAUAAGCUGUGGCCCUGGGUCCCUUGAGUGUAUUCCAGCUGUUUGGAAGUGUGACGGAGUAGAGGACUGUGAUACUGGCAAUGAUGAAGAUGAUUGUGAUAACCAUACAUGCAGCACAGAAGAAUUUGCCUGUGCCAGUGCCAGAUGUAUUUCUGUGGCAUUUGUUUGUAAUGGUAAAGAUGAUUGUGGUGAUGGAAGUGAUGAGGAGAACUGUACCUUAAUCUCCUGUGGGCCACAUGAGUUCCAAUGUAAUAAUUCAGAAUGUAUCCCUUUGGGCUGGAUCUGUGACACUAAUGUUGACUGUAGUGAUCAAUCAGAUGAAUCUCCAGUUCUUUGUGGGCAUCCCCUUCCUCCUGUGACUUGCCCUCCUAAUGAGAUCCAUUGUGGUUCUGGUGAAUGUAUCCAUAGUCGAUGGUACUGUGAUGGUGAUGUGGACUGUCGAGAUGGAAGUGAUGAAGCUGACUGCCCUCCUCUAACAUGUCAGCCACAUCAUCUUCCUUGUGAUAAUGGAAGUUGCAUUCCAGAAAGCAGACAAUGCAAUGGAUUUCAAGACUGUGUUGAUGGCAGUGAUGAGUUGAAUUGUAAGAAUGAAUGCACAGGACCCAACGACUUCAAAUGCCAAAAUGGAGAAUGUAUAUCUCUAAACCAAGUAUGUGAUCGUCAUCAAGAUUGCAAGGACUGGAGUGAUGAGCCCCUCAAAUACUGUCAUUUAAAUGAAUGUCAGACAAACAAUGGAGGCUGCUCACACAUCUGCAGAGACCUGGUCAUUGGUCAUGAAUGUAUCUGUCCUACUGGCUUUGAAUUGGUUGAUGGAAAAAUAUGUACAGAUAUUGACGAAUGUCAAGAUGUUGGUGUCUGCAGCCAAAUUUGCAUUAAUACAAAUGGAAGCUUUAAAUGUGAAUGUUUCGCAGGAUAUCACCUGGAUACAACCAAUCAAAGCUGCAAGGCAGUAGGAGGCAAAGAGCCUUAUGUGAUCUUUACUAACCGUCAUGAUAUCCGGAAGAUGGGACUUUAUCACCGAGAAUACACUCAGAUAGUUGACCAGCUGAGAAAUGCAGUUGCAUUGGAUGUUGAUGUUUCAGAACAAGUCGUCUUUUGGGUUGACUUGGGUCAGCAAGCGAUCUUCAGUUCGUUCAUGUCUGAAAAGAAAAGUGAAACUGGUGUCACUAGAGUUAUUGAGGAUGUAGAUAGUCCUAUGGGGAUUGCUGUAGACUGGAUCUACAAGCAUAUUUACUGGACUGAUCGGGGUACCAGAACAAUCUCUGUGGCUACGUUUGAUGGAACUGCAAGGAGAACUCUGUUUGACACAGACUUGAAGGAACCAGCUUCUGUGGCAGUUGAUCCAUUAACUGGGUUCAUCUACUGGUCAGAUGUAGGUGAGCCGUCCUUGAUAGAAAAAGCAGGCAUGAAUGGUGUCAACAGGCAGCUUCUGGUUAGCAGUGAGAUCCAGUCACCAAAUGGCAUUACACUUGAUCGUGUGAAAAGCCGUCUCUAUUGGGUUGACUCAAAACUCCACACGUUGUCCAGUGUAGAUGUCAAUGGACAGGACCGAAGAACAGUACUUUAUUCACAUGAAUUCCUUGCCCGUCCUUUUGCUGUCACCUUAUUUGAGGAUCAUGUAUUCUGGACUGAUGAAAUAAACGAAGCCAUUUUUGGAGCCAACAAGUAUACAGGAGCAAAUGUCAUGACUUUAGUUUCCAAUCUUCAACCUCAUGAUGUCGUCAUUUAUCAUGAUUUAAUGCAACCAGCUGGCAAAAACUGGUGCACUGAGGAACUGGAAAAUGGAGGCUGUAAAUACCUCUGCCUGCCUGGUCCACAGAUUGGUCAAUUGCCAAAGUACACCUGUGUAUGUCCAUCUGGAAUGAAACUAAAAGAUGGACUGUGUGAACUGGGUGGUAAUACUACCUGUCGAGUGUCAGAUUUCAUCUGUCAUGAUGGACAAUGUGUGCCCAGUAAAUGGCAGUGUGAUGGUGUUGCCGAUUGUGAAGAUGGAUCUGACGAAGCCUCUGACAUUUGCUACAUGAAUAUCUGUCACAUGAAUGAAAUUAGCUGUGGCCCUGGCUCCUCUCAGUGUAUUCCUGCAAACUGGCAAUGUGAUGGAGAAAAGGAUUGUAGUACUGGCAGUGAUGAAGCAAAUUGUGGUAACCUUACUUGCAGUCCAGGAGAGUUUACUUGCUCCAGUGGUAGAUGUGUUUCCAGAGCCUUUGUCUGCAAUGGGGAAGAUGACUGCAGUGAUGGAAGUGACGAAAGAAACUGUGCUCCAGCUAUCUGUCACCCACAUGAGUUUCAUUGCAAUAAUUCCAAGUGUAUUCCCUUGGAUUGGGUGUGUGAUGGCCAUGCUGACUGUGGUGACCAGUCUGAUGAAUCUCCAGACCGCUGUAGGCACAACAUUCUUCCCCCUGUGACUUGCUCCCCUGAUGAUAUUCAGUGCCAUUCUGGUGAAUGCAUUCACAGUAGAUGGUUUUGUGAUGGUGAUACCGACUGUAAAGAUGGAAGUGAUGAAAUUAAUUGUCCUCCUCUAAUAUGUAAGCCAGAUACUUUCCAAUGUGAUGGAACUUGUCUUCCUGGAAACAUAAAGUGUGAUGGAGUUUGGGACUGUACUGAUGGAAGUGAUGAGGUCAAUUGUGAGAGUGCAUUAGAAUGUACAGGACCCAAUGACUUCAAAUGCCAAAGUGGUGAAUGUAUAAACAUAUCUUUAGUGUGUAACCAACAUCAAGACUGCAAGGACUGGAGUGAUGAACCCAUUAAAGGAUGCAAUGUGAAUGAAUGUUUACUGAAUAAUGGGGGCUGCUCUCACAACUGCACCGAUCUUAUUAUUGGUUACAAAUGUGGAUGCCCUGCAGGCUUUCAUCUGUCAGCCAGGACUUGCAUAGAUGUUGAUGAAUGUCAAACUCCUGAAGCCUGCAGUCAAAUUUGCAUCAAUUUGGAAGGUAGCUACAAGUGUGAAUGUCACCAAGGAUAUCAUAUGGAUCCAGCUAAUGGGGUUUGCAAGGCAGUUGGGGAAGAACCAUAUUUGAUCUUCACUAACCGGCAUGACAUUCGGAAACUAGGACUGCAUCAUCAUGAAUACACUCCAGUAGCUGUGCAGUUGAGAAAUGCUGUAGCAUUGGAUGCUGAUGUCGCUGAACAAAGAAUUUACUGGGCUGAUGUGGGUCACCAGGCAAUUUUCAGUAUGUCCAUUAAUAAAUGGAAAGACCAAGCUGGUAAAUCUGUGGUGGUUGGAGAUCUAGACAUCCCUGUGGGAAUUGCUGUUGACUGGAUUUACAAACACAUCUACUGGACUGAUCGUGGUACUAAAACUAUAUCUAUCGCAAUGCUUGAUGGAACCAAAAGAACUGUUCUGUUUAACACAGACCUAAAAGAGCCAGCUUCUAUAGAAGUUGAUCCACUAUCUGGAUUUGUUUACUGGUCAGACUGUGGUGACCCAGCCAAAAUAGAAAAAUCAGGAAUGAAUGGUAUGGGUCGACAGCUCCUAGUUAGUGGAGGGAUUCAGCAGCCAAAUGGAAUUGCACUUGAUCUAGUGAAAAGUCGCCUCUAUUGGAUUGAUUCAAAGCUGCACAUGUUGUCAAGUAUUGAUCUCAAUGGUCAAGAUAGAAGGGUAGUGCUGCAGUCCAAAGAAUUCCUUGCUCAUUCGUCUGCAGUUUCCAUAUUUCAGGAUAGUGUCUUCUGGAUUGAUGAGGAAAACGAAGCUAUUCACGAAGCCAACAAGUUCACUGGAGAAAAUCUUGUAACUUUGGUUUCUAAUCUGAAUGGACCUAAAGAUGUCAUUAUUUAUCAUGAGUUGAUGCAGCCCUCGGGAAGGAACUGGUGUGAUAUACCUACUAAGAAUAGAGGUUGUGAAUACAUGUGUGUGCCUGCUCCUCAAAUUAGCAGCUCUUCCAGGAGAUCUACCUGUAUAUGUCCACUUGGAAUGAUGUUAGAGGAUGGGUGGUAUUGUAAAACAGGUAAUGUGACCUGUAAGCCAUCAGAUUUUAUGUGCCCAAGUGGGAAAUGCAUACCUGGCCGGUGGUUAUGUGAUGGUAAUGCUGACUGUAAAUAUGGAUCUGAUGAAAGCCCUGAAAUAUGUCAUGUGAAAAUGUGUGAAAUCCAUGAAAUAAGCUGUGGACCUGGAACAUCCCAAUGUAUUCCUGUCUCUUGGAGAUGUGACGGUGAAAAGGACUGUGAUAAUGGUGGUGAUGAGGAAGAUUGUGGUGCUGCCACUUGUGGUCUGACUGAAUUUACCUGCUCUAGUGGUCAAUGUGUUUCAACAGCGUUUGUCUGCAAUGGUGCAGAUGACUGCGGUGAUGGAAGUGAUGAAAAGGGCUGUGCACCAACUUCCUGUGGCCUGCAUGAGUUUCAAUGCAAUAGUUCAGAGUGCAUCCCUUCGAAUUGGGUGUGUGACACAAACGCUGAUUGUGCUGACCAAUCUGAUGAAUCACAAGACCUCUGUGGGCAUAUCCAUCCUCCCUUGACCUGUCCUCCCAAUGCAAUUCAGUGUGGCUCUGGUGAAUGUAUCCAUAGUCGCUGGUAUUGUGAUGGUGACAUUGACUGCAAAGAUGGAAGUGAUGAAGUUCACUGUCCUGUCCACACAUGCAGACCAGAUCACUUCAGAUGUGGUGAUGGUGUUUGUGUCCGUAAUGACAAGAAAUGUGAUGGAAUUAAAGACUGUCUUGAUGCUACUGAUGAAGCUGGCUGUAUUAAUGCUACAGAGUGUAUAGGAGCCACUGAAUUUAAAUGUGGCAGUGGUGAAUGCAUACAUACGAGUAAAGUUUGUGACCAGCAUCAUGACUGCAGGGAUUGGAGUGAUGAACCAUCCAACAAAUGUAAUGUGAAUGAGUGCUUGGAUAACAAUGGUGGCUGUUCACACAUCUGUAAGGAUCUGAUUAUUGGCUAUGAAUGUGACUGUCCUACUGGUUUCAAAUUAACUGAUAAAACCUGUGAAGAUAUUGAUGAAUGCAAGAAUGUUGGGACCUGCAGUCAAACUUGCGUCAAUUUAGAAGGAAGCUAUAUGUGCAGCUGUCACGUUGGAUAUCACAUGGAUCCAGCUAGUGGAGUUUGCAAGGCCGUAGCAGGCAAGGAGCCAUACUUAAUCUUCACUAAUCGUCAUGACAUCAGAAGACUGGGAUUGUAUCACAAAGAGUACAGCCAGCUAGUAGCACAGCUGAGAAAUGUUGUGGCACUGGAUGCUGAUGUCGCACAGCACAUAAUCUUCUGGGCUGACCUGGGACAGCGGGCGAUUUUCAGUAUGCCAAUGGAUGAACGUACAAGCAAUGCUACUAUUUCCAGGAUUGUUAACAAUGUAAGAAUUCAUGUCGGCAUUGCUGUUGACUGGAUCUACCACAAUAUUUACUGGACUGAUAUGGGUGCUAGGACCAUUUCUGUUACAAGCUUUGAUGGAAUACGAAGGAAAACGCUCUUUGACAGCAACUUGAGAGAACCAGCUUCUAUAGCAGUUGAUCCUCUGUUGGGGUAUAUGUAUUGGUCAGACUGGGGUGAGCCAGCAGUAAUUGAAAAAGCAGGAAUGAAUGGUGUUGGCCGCAUGCUGCUAGUUACCAGAGAUAUUGAAUGGCCCAGUGCCAUUACACUUGAUCUCACACAAAGCCGUCUAUAUUGGGUUGACUCUAAGUUGCAUAUUCUGUCAAGUGUACAUGUGACUGGAGAGGAUAGAAGAACUGUGCUUUCCUCACCCAAAUUUCUUGCUCAUCCUUAUGGUGUAUCAGUAUUUGAGGAUCAUGUCUUCUGGACUAGCUGGGAGUAUAACACCAUAUAUCGAGCGAAUAAAUACACAGGAGAGGAUCUGAUCACCUUAAUCUCUAAUCUCCAGGAAGUUCGGGACAUGAUCAUCUAUCAUGAGCUUAUACAGCCAUCAGGCAAGGACUGGUGUAAGGAGAAUAUAAAAGAUGGGGGAUGUAAAUACAUGUGUCUACCAGCUCCUCAAAUCAACAGUUACAGUCCCAAAUACACCUGUGUGUGUCCACCUGGAAUGGAGUUGCAAAAAGAUGGACAUCACUGUGGAGCAGUCAAAACCAUCUGUGGUGUAACGGAGGUAAAGUGCAAUGAUGGACAAUGUAUACCUGAGAGAUGGCAAUGUGAUGGUGAAGCUGACUGUCAUGAUGGAUCAGAUGAAAGUGAAGAAGUUUGCUACCUGAGAAUGUGCCCCAUUGGGGAAGUUAAAUGUGGUCCUGGAUCUCUUCGAUGUAUUCCUAUUUCCUGGAAAUGCAAUGGCAUACAAGAUUGUGAUGAUGGUGCUGAUGAGGAAAACUGUGGCCAAGUAACCUGCAGUCCAACAGAGUUCACUUGUUCCAAUGGCAGAUGCAUUUCCAAGAAAUUUAGCUGUAACGGUGAUGAUGAUUGUGGUGAUGGAAGUGACGAAACAAACUGUCAGCCAAUUUCCUGUGGCCCACAUGAGUUUCAGUGCAGUCAUUCUUCAGAGUGUAUAUCCUUGAGCUGGCUGUGUGACCACAAUGUUGAUUGUGCUGAUCAAUCUGAUGAAUCUCUGGACAGAUGUGGGGGCACAACAGCUCCCCUUGCCACUUGCUCUCCUAAUGACCGUCUGUGUGGCUCAGGUGAAUGUAUUCACCAGAAAUGGUUUUGUGAUGGAGAUGUUGACUGCAAAGAUGGCAGUGAUGAAGCAAAUUGUCCACCUCCAACAUGUAGACCUGAUUACUUCAGAUGCAGUGACGGUAGCUGUAUCCCUGGACACAGACAAUGCAAUGGAGUUAGUGAUUGCCCAGAUAGCAGUGAUGAAAUCAGCUGCAAGAAGGUUGCAGCGUGCACAGGACCCAUGGACUUCAAGUGUCAAAGUGGUGAAUGUAUUAACAUAUCGCAAGUCUGUAAUAAACAGCAGGAUUGCAAGGAUUGGAGUGAUGAACUCCUUGGAAAAUGCAAUGUGAACGAAUGCCUGAUUAACAAUGGAGGUUGUUCUCAUAUCUGUCAUGAUCUUGUAAUUGGAUAUGAAUGUGACUGUCCUGUUGGCUUUGAAUUGGUUGGUCGAACCUGUGAAGAUAUUGAUGAAUGUCAAAAUCCUGGAACAUGCAGCCAGAUUUGUAUGAACCUGGAAGGAAGUUUCAAGUGUGAAUGUCAUCCUGGAUAUCACAUGGACCUGACUAAUUCUAUUUGCAAGGCAAUAGGAGAGGAGCCUUAUUUAAUGUUCACAAAUCAGCAUGACAUUCGGAAACUAGGACUGCAUCAUCACGAGUACACUGAAGUCGCGGUGCAGUUGAGAAAUGCUGUUGCUUUGGAUGCUGAUAUUGCUGAAGAGAGAAUCUUCUGGACUGAAUUAGGCCGGCAUGCAAUUCUUAGUAUGUCCUUGAAUGAUGACCAAUCUGUGACUUCCAAAAUUGAAGAUGUGGACAUUCCAGCAGGAAUUGCAGUGGAUUGGAUCUACAAGCAUCUCUAUUGGACUGAUCGGGGUUCUAAAACGAUAUCUGUGGCCACAUUUGAUGGAACUAAAAGGAAGGCACUCUUUGACACUGAAUUAAGGGAACCAACUUCUGUUGCGGUUGAUCCAAUUACUGGGUUUAUGUACUGGUCAGAUUGUGGGGAACCAGCAGUAAUUGAGAAAGCAGGAAUGAAUGGUGCUAACCGCCAGAAUCUUGUGGCUAAAGAGAUUCAGUGGCCAAGUGGCCUUACACUUGAUCUCAUGAAAAGCCGCUUGUAUUGGGUUGAUUCAAAGUUGCACAUGCUAUCAAGUAUAGGUCUAAAUGGCCAGGAUAGAAGAACAGUGUUGUGGUCAGAGGAAUUCCUCCUUCAUCCUUUUGCCAUCUCUGUAUUUGAGGACACUCUUUUCUGGAUUGAUGCAGCAACACAAACUAUAUAUGGAGCCAACAAGUACACAGGAGAUGAUGUGAAGGUUUUGGCUUCCAACCUUCAUAAACCACGUGACAUCAUUGUUUAUAAUAAGCUGGUACAGCCAUCUGGUAAAAAUUGGUGUACUAAAAGCUUGAAGAAUGGAGGCUGUGAUUUCAUGUGUCUCCCUGCUCCUUGGUUCAACAGUCAGUCACCAAAAUACACUUGUGUGUGUCCAUCUGGAAAGGAACUGGAGCCAAAUGGAAAACACUGUAGAAUAGCAAAUGUAUCUGCACCUGCAACAACCCUGGUGUCAACUUUGUCCUCUAGUACCACAAAACACCCACUGACUGGUCAGCGUACGGUCACUUCUCCUAGAGGGAGAGUUUCGAAUGCUACACUUGAUAAAGUCAACAAAUCGGAGAGUGGCUCUGGGGCUGGUUGGAUUGCACUUGCUAUCUUACUCUUGACCAUGGCUGGUGUUGCUGUCUACCUGAAAUGGCAGGACUGGAAGAGGAAGACCCAGCAGAGAAUGUAUUUUGAGAACCCAGCCUUUGAGUGUGAUUGAUAAAGACAAAUAAAUGCAAUUUUAAAAUUC